AUGUGCGUUCAAAUGCUCGAGGCGAACCGGGGGGAUGAGCUGUCGAUCUUUCUGUCGUACUCGACCUUUGCGAAUGUCGUGCGGCAGCGGUAUGUGACCAAAUGGCGCCCCCCCAUGCUCAAGCUCUUCGAAGCGUACCAAAACCUCAUGCUUGAGUUUGUGAACCGCGCGAUCGAAUCGAAGAAAUCCAAGCGAUCGCUGGAGGGGAACCACGACGCCGCCCGUGUGUCCAUGGGUGCCGUGAAGGCCCUACUGAAGAAUCAUGCAGGGAUUGGAGCCAGUACGAACGAAGACCAGCAAGCCAAGGAGUUGCAUUUGGCCAUUAUCGCGUAUAUGAAGGUCGCGUCCAAGCGCUUUGUGGAUGUGAUUCCAAUGCUGUUGCAGACGAACUUCACGCAGCCCAUCUUGUUGGCCGUGUUCAACGAGACGGCGGAAACAUCAGACGGAGUGCUCGACCGCGUACUCAUGGACAACAUCGCGGACGUUGAACGCUACCAGAACGUGUCGAACCAGCUUAAGUCCCUCGAAGCUGCCAAGAACAUCAUCAACGCAUACUGA